AUGAACAGUACAGUUGACUACUUCACUCGUGUCGACAAUCCAUACGCGUACAACUGGUGUAUCGUCCCCGAGAGCUCCUACGAUGUGGUGCUGUUUGGCGGGCUUGCCGUGGUGCUGGCCUGCAUGCUUCAUGGCAAGCUGGCGUCUCUCAUGGUGCUUCUGGCAGGCGCUGCACUCGCGGGCUUGGCAUGGCCAUUCAACCUGCGCCAGCUGGGCAACUCCCUGGCUAUCUGGCUGGGCAUCAACCCGUGGCAGCUGUUUUUCUACAUCUUCCUGCCCCCACUGCUACUGGAUGCCGCCGUGAGGAUCGACUGGUACAUGUUUCGCAAGGUGAUGGUCCAGGUCGUGACGAUGGCCUUCCUGGUGGUGGGCGCGGGCUGCGCGCUGAUGGUGCCCAUCAUGCUCCACCUGCUGCGCCUCAAGGACAGUGGCUGGAACUGGCUGCACGCUUGCAUGUUUGGGGCCAUCGUGGCCUCAACCGACGCCGUCGCCAUCGUGUCCAUCAUGAAGACCAGCGGUGGCCCCAAGCGCCUGCGCAUCAUCCUCGAGGGCGAGUCGCUGCUCAAUGAUGCCUCUGGGCUGACCUUGUUUGAAGUCUUCUUCCACCAGGUCAUCUUGUAUGCCCAAAACCCUGAGGCUGGCGAGCAGCCUGUGGGGGAGGUGGUGGGCCACGUGGUGCUCAUGGUGCUGCAGUUUGGCGUCAUCGGCUUCUUCCUAGGUUACUUCUUUGGCUGGUUAACGCGCGCCAUGCUGCGCGUGAUGAGGCGCUUCGGGGCUGGACGCGACCAGGAGGUCGCACUCACGCUCGCCAUGGCCUACCUGGCAUACUGGAUCACAGGCAGCCCCUGCAAGGGCUCAGGCGUGGUGGCUGUGGCGGUGAUGGGCCUCUAUGGCGCUGCCAAGAACAAGUGGGACAUCUCAGUCAAGGCCGAGAGUGAGGGCACCUUUGAUGGAUUCUGGGAGACCCUGGCCUUCAUCGUGAACGCGAUGGUCUUUGCCUACGCGGGGGCCGCCACCGUCAACUUCUUCAUCAGGUCCUCAUUCAACCUGUACACGGGGAACGAGUACACGCGGCGUGAGCUGUGGCGCACCCUCUGGAUGCUGCCCAUCAUCUACGUCAUCCUCAUGGUCAUGCGCUUCGUGCUGACGCUGGCCUUCAGGCCCCUCUUCAAGGCCAUCAGGGGGGACCUGACGCUGCGUGACUGCUCAUUCCUGACCAUGGCCGGCCUGAGGGGCGCCGCGUCGUUGAUCAUGGGGCAGGCGGUGGUGACUGAGGUGGCCUACCAGACAGACCUGGUGGUGAAGAGCGAGCUGGUGUUCUGGACCGCCGGCUUUGUGCUGCUGACGCUGCUGAUCAACGCACCCCUCCUGCCCUGGGUGCUGCGCGUCACGGGGCUGUCCGCAAUCCCCGAGAAGCAGCUGGCGCGGCGCAGGAGGGCGGUGGCGGCGCUGGCGGACCACACUGCCUCCGCCAUAGAGCAGCUCAGGGCUGAGGAGGAGGAGAUGCUCACGGGCGUUGACUGGGCCCACGUCCAGCGCUUCUGCGACUUCACACAGAAGCUCACAGCCUUCGGGCAGAGCCUGGAGCACCCCAAGGGCCCCCCUCUGCUGCACCGCCUGGCGGCUUGCUGCGGGCGCGCCUGGGGCACAACUCCCCGUGGGGCCGCCCGCGGCGGCCUCUUUGGCACCCUGGCGCGCAAGUUAGGGCUUGCGCCCCCUCGGGAGCCCCCGUCAGCGGCGCCUGAUGCUGACCUGGCGGGCCGGGGCGCUGGCGCCCAGCCAUCCUUCAGCAAGGCCGCCUCCUUCAAUGGCACGAGCGGCGCCGCCGCGCCGGCUCACGACGGCGCAGCUGAUGGCGGGGGCGGGCUUUUCCACUGGCCGUUCCGCUCCGGUGCCGGCGGCCUCCACGCGACGAUUGAGGAGCACCACGAGGAGGGGCUGGGCCACCACAGCGACGACGACGGCGGUGGUGGGCACGAGGGCCAAGAUGGGGGCCACGGCCACCACCCCUACCGCCAGGAGGGCAUCCCGGUGCGCGUCAUCGGCAGCGGCGCCGCCGCGCCGGCGCCGCCACAGCCCAGCGAGGCCCCCAGCGUGAGCGCCAGCGGAGUUAGCCGCGACAGCCUGACACGGCCCAGCCUGCCGCCAGGGCUGCUGAUGGAGAUGCUGCCCGUGUUUGGCGAGACGCGGCCCGACCAGAUCGACGUGCUGCAGCAGGAGUGCCCCCUGGCCGGCAAGACACGCUUCGGGCUCGGCGGGCAGGGGGCAGACCGCAGGCGCAGCGGGCCCAGCAUCGAAGAACGCAAGGCAGGCGGUGCUGGAGGCUCAGCGGCGCCGCCGCCGGCCGUGCCGCCGCCAGCCGCGCUGCCUUCUUGGGGCAUGGGCGGAAGUGGCACCGGCGCAGGCGGCGCCGCGGUCGCCACGGCGGCUGACGGCGAGGCGGGUGUGGCGGGCGAUGCAUACAGCGCUGCACUGCUGGCGCGCAGCGCGCGCAGCAAGACGGUGCAGGCGCAGGCGGCGGCGGCGGCAGCGGCCAAGCCCAAGGGUUCCCUGCUGCGCGGGCUCGCUACACGCAGCGCCAGCCCCUACUUUGUGGGCGGUGGGCCGGGCGCCUCCGCUGAUGGCGGGCUGCCCUCUGCGGCGGCCGCUCCGGCCGGCGCCUCUGCCUUGUCGCCUCCCCCCUCCGCCCCACUCAUUCCUUCAGGCCGAACCGCGCUCUCAGUAAGCGGGGCCCUGGCCACUGGCGGCGGCAGCGGCCAUGGUGGCGGCGCCGCCGCUGCUGGGCGCGCAUCUGUUGCUGCGGCGCCGCUGCAGUCGGGCGCGUUGGCGUCCGACCCCACAGAGCGCGCCCUGGGUCGGCCCUCGCGUGGCCUCGCCUCGCGCAGCGUCACCAUGGCCAGUGCCUACGGCGGUGCCGACGCCUCACACGCCUCGGGCGGCAGCCCCGCUUCAACAGCUGCCGCCGCCGCGCCGCGGCCGUUUGGAUACGGCGGCGGCGCUGCGGGCGGCCGCUCAGCCGGUGACCUUGCGGGGGCAGAGGCCGGGAGCGAGACCGAGGCGCCGUCGCUGCGCUCCCUCGCCACCCGCAGCGUCGGCAUGCCGGGCGGCGGCCUGGCUCCCCCCUUGGCGCCCGUCCUCAGUGGGGAGCCGCUGCCGCGCGCCCUGCCAGCCCUGUCGCGGGCCAGCACCGGCGCCGGCGGCGCCCCCCACAUGGCCCCCAUCGCCCCGGCCCUGGGGCGCAUCUCAACCGGCCUCGCCGCAACGUAUGCAGGCGGCGCCGCCGGCCCGGGCGGUGCGCCGCGUCGCGGCAACCUGCACGCGCAGUCGGUGCCGCUGUCAAAGCUGGCGCGCUCGAGCCGGCCGGCUGGCGCGGCAGAGGGCGGGCUGCCGUCUCGCUCCCCGCCGCUGAGCACGACAUCGCCAGUGUCGGUGCUGGGGCGGCGCAGCCUAAACGAUGACGGCAACGGCGCCAAGGGCGCAGACGGCCGCCCGUCCUCGGAGUGCUACGAAGACGCCGGCCACGCGGAGGAGCUGGCGGAUGCGCGCACCUGGCUGGUGUCGGGCCUGAAGCGCUACUUCCAUGGCAAGCGCAUGCAGGGCCUGCUGUCAGCGCGCGCCCUGCGCAUCCUGGACUUUGGCUGCGACACCCUGCUGGACGACCCCUACAAGCCCCUGGCCCUCUGGGAGAUCAUCGAGAGGGACGCCACGAGCACGUGGGUCGUCAACACCGCCACCUAUGGCCUGUUCUGGGUGCGCCGCGCCUCGGUGUGGCUGAUGCAUCCGCGCCUGGGCCGUGCUGGCCGCGUCCUGGGUGCGCCGCUGCGCCUGCUGGCGUCCGUCCUGCAGCGCCCCCUGAACAAGGUGCUGCUGCUGGGGGUGGAGGUGGCCAUGGAGUACCUCAUGGGCCUCACGUCAAGCCCCUACGUACACUGGCUGCAGGCCUCUGACGUGUGGGGUGCCCUCAAUGGCGAGAUCACGUGUGAGACCGUGGCGGUGAUGCAGUGGCUGAUGGACCGCGAGGUUGAGGCCCCCGAGAGGUACAGCGCG